AUGUUUGCGGCAAAAAGGAGGCUCUGGUGUUCUGCUGCGCCGACGAGGCCGCCCUCUGUGACGCCUGCGACCGCCGGGUGCACUGCGCCAACAAGCUUUCCGGCAAGCACCGCCGCUUCUCCCUCGACUACCCUUCCGUCCACUCCAACCCCCUCUGCGACGUCUGUCAGGUACUCUCAGCAAGCACCGGAAGAAGCUAUUCGAGUGGGUUUGAAUCUUUACGGACAAAAGGAUUUGGGUUUUGGGUUGUGUGAUUUGCAGGAGAAGAGAGCGAUUUUGUUUUGCCAAGAGGACCGAGCGAUCCUCUGUACAGAGUGCGACGCCGCCAUACAUAGCACCAACCACCUCACCAUGAAGCACAGCAGGUUCCUUCUCACUGGCGUCCGCUUCUCCUCCGCGCCUCUCUCGGCUCCCGACACAGAGGCGGCCGCGGCAGCCAACAGCAGGGACGGUGCGAUCUGGAAGAGCAAGAAAGGCCAGGCCAUGGUGGCGGACCCCACCGCCGCCGUGGUCCCAGGCAACCCUAUCAAAACUGCUGCUUUUCCCUCAGCUAGCGCGUCUUUUAGCGCCACCAGCAGCGGCAAUGCCAGUAGCAUCUCGGAGUACCUCACCAAGACGUGCCCAGGCUGGCACGUCGAGGACCUUCUGGUUGAAGACACGGCCGCCGCCCCCGCCAUGGAUGGUUUCUUCGAGGUGAAUAUGUCGCUUCCAUGUUUGGACCUGCAUGGCGGAGGGCUGGAAGACAUCUGCGCGGCCCACGCGCCGCAGUUCCUUCCGCACUGUCCUCCGGCCGCUCAUUACCAGCACUGGCUGGUGGACAAGGAGGUAGCAAGCAGCUUCCCACACAGAGAUAAGUCCGGGAAGGAGCGGUGGAGCGACGACGCGUUCAUGGUGCCUCAGAUCUCCUCUGUUCCAACUCCCAACAAGAAACCAAGGAACUCUGUUUGGUACUACUGAUUCCUGUUCAUAGGCACCCUCUCCUUUCUUCCUCUCCUCUUUUGCCUUCAACAUUUGGUUUUAUUCCAAGAGAUUGAUUGGUGUGCUGCUAAUGGUAAUGUUGUACUGUCAAUAUGAUGCUUGUCAUUUUUUGUUGCUUAAUCUCUCUCUGAGCACAAAAAAAGACGAGUUAUUUAGCUUUAA